CACAGACUCUCUCAGACACGCCCUCCUUUCUUUAUUCUCGAUCCAGCCCGUCUAGCCGUUGCUCCCCCCGUUGCGUCUGAUUCAUAAUAUCCUUUCUAUUUUCCUUAGCUCGCCGUCUAUCCGCGAAAACCCAAGGCAUUUCAGGAUACCGCUUCUUCCCACGUUUUGCCUCUUUCGCCGGCGAGAACCCUCGAACGACAGCCGAGAUGUUGAACAUAUGGUCUAUGAAAAAGAAGCAAAAGGAGGCUGAGAAUGCCGAGGGGCAGGCAGCCGGAGGCAAGCGGAAGAAGGUGACGGCGGCACAGCUGCGAGUACAAAAAGACUUGUCAGAGCUAUCCCUCGGUUCAACGAUGAAGACGGACUUCCCCGACCCGGACAACAUCCUCAACUUUAUCCUGUCGAUCGAGCCGGACGAGGGCAUGUACCGGGGGGGCCGGUUCACGUUCGACUUUGCCAUCAACCAAAACUUCCCGCACGAGCCGCCCAAGGUGCUGUGCAGGGAGAAGAUUUACCACCCGAACAUUGACCUCGAGGGGAAGGUGUGCUUGAACAUUCUGCGGGAGGACUGGAAGCCCGUGUUGAACUUGAAUGCGGUCAUUGUGGGGUUGCAGUUUUUGUUCUUGGAGCCCAACGCUUCGGAUCCUCUCAACAAAGAGGCGGCUGACGACUUGAGGAGCAAUCGGGAAGGCUUCAAGAGGAAUGUCCGGACGGCGAUGAGUGGAGGCUCCGUCAAGGGUACGGUAUACGACCGUGUUCUCAAAUAA